CUGCAAAGUGACAAAUGCUUUUGCUUCAGUCGUGACAGGUUGUCCAGCGUCUUACGGCUAUCUUCCCUCAAAACAUAAAGUUAACGUUUAUUUUUUGACCGAUGAACUCCAAGUUAUUUCUGUGCCAAAGAACCUGAAGAAGCACCAUCACUUUGGUUACUUUAAUCUCUUAUUUAGGAAUCAUUGUCACUGUGCCAGAGUGCCAGAGUUGGAUUUCAACAUCUGGAGGAAUUAGAAAAGCAUGCAAGACAAUACUUCUGAAUCUUCAACUUCAAUAACUCAACUUCUGAGAGAGAGCUAUUUAGCUGAAAACAGCCAUCAAGAUAAUAGUGAAAGGAGUAAAUCAGACUCUUCUCUGCAUUCUGGAUGUACCUCCAGGGCUUCUGAUGAGACAACUGGCCAGGAUGAACUUCCAGAUCUUUCUGCCUUUUUGAGCCAAGAAGAGCUAGAUGAGAGUGUAAACUUGGCCAGGCAAGCUAUCAAUCAAGAGCCUCCUGAGAACAGCCAAGAAGAAGAACAGCAGAUCCACGUGUUUUUACCCUCCCAGUUGAAAAACGCUGAAAAUAUUAUUUCAAACAAGCAGCAGUGCCAAACUACAGCUUCACCAACUUCAGGCAAUCAUCCAAAGAAACAGCCAUUUGGGUCAGAGACAGAAUCAAAGAAAGAGUUGCUCAACAAGGCUGCCGAUUUUAUUGAGGAACUUUCUUCUCUUUUCAAAGCACACAAUUCAAAAAGGAUCAGGCCCAGGACGUGCAAGAACUACAGGAGCAAACUUGAGUCUAAGCACAAGGCCAACCAAGAUUGUAGUUCUGAUUUCACCAAUUUAUCUGAAAACAGAGAAAGGCCUUGUGUUCCAAUAUCUCAAGAAUCAGAUCAAAUUCAACCUUCACUGGAAAACCCAGCUUAUCCUCAACAGACAGAUGUGGAAGCUGUCCAUACAUUAGAAAAUCCAGAAUUAACCACAGAGACAUCAGCUGCACCUUUUUAUUCUGAGGAGCCAAUAGGUCAACCACCCCAUUUUACUCAAAAACUGAAAAGCAGGGAGGUCUCUGAAGGAACCAAAGUGCAGUUGGACUGCAUUGUAGUAGGAAUACCAACACCUGAAAUCAGGUGGUAUUGUGAAGGCAAAGAGCUUGAAAAUUCACCAUAUAUUCAAAUAAACCAAUCAGGAGAACUGCAUUCGCUAAUUAUUGUUGAAGCUUUUGAAGAAGACACUGGGCGUUAUUCCUGCUUUGCGUCCAACAUCUAUGGGACCGAUUCAACUUCUGCAGAGAUCUAUGUAGAAGGGGCCUCAUCUUCAGAAUCUGAAAGUGACAACAGUAAAGAAGAAAUGGAUCGCUUUUUCCAACUUUUUCCCAGGUACCAAAACCAGACUAAGACCUCACCCACUGCACCUCCUCCUGCUCCUCUUCCGCCUGCUCCUCUUCCUGUUCCUCCUUCUGUAAUCCAUCAAGAAGCCAUUCAACCACAACCUUUGACGAAACAUGCUGUCUCAGUUCCUGUGUAUCAGAAUCAGAGCCCUACGAAUUAUUUACAAGGACUGGACGGAAGACCCCUAAUAGCUGCUCCUGUGUUCACCAAGAUGCUGCAAAAUAUAUCGGCCUCUGAGGGUCAGCUGGUUGUGUUUGAAUGUCGGGUGAAAGGAGCUCCUUCUCCAAAAGUGGAAUGGUACAGAGAAGGGAUGUUGAUUGAAGAUUCUCCAGACUUCAGAAUAUUACAGAAAAAACCUCGCUCCAUGGCUGAGCCGGAGGAGAUCUGCACUUUGGUCAUCGCUGAAGUCUUUUCAGAAGAUUCGGGAAGUUUUACAUGCACGGCGAGCAAUAAAUAUGGGACCGUGUCCAGCUCAGCUCAUCUAAUUGUUAGAGGGCCUGUGGACCAAACAAGUAAUGCUGCUCUUCAUACCAUAAGUUCUCUCAGUUUAGUGGCUUCUGAACACCAGCCUUCAGCAUCCACUCCUUCACUUUCGUUGAUAGAUAACGCUCCAAAACCUAAACUGGAAAGCGUUCUGGUAAAUCACAAUGAGCCGCGGUCAAGUUCCAAAAUCGGCCUCCGUGUGCACUUUAAACUCCCUGAAGAUGAUAAGGGAAGUGAGACAUCAUCAGAAGACGGAAGCGGACUUAAAAAUCAAGCCAGACCAAACAGUUUUCCCAAUAAAAUCAAUGGACAGGCUUUUAAACUUCAGGAGCCCUCUUCACCCUCCAAAGAGCCACCACCCGUCCUGGCAAAACCUAAACUGGAUGCCACCCAGUUAAAACAACUACACAAUCAGGUCUUGUUUGAGCAACAGCAAAUCCAACAACCGUCUUACCCAGUUCCACCAGAGUCAUUAUUUAGCACCGGCCCAGGAAAAUCUGCUACUUUGCCCAUUCAGCACCAGCACCAGAAGCAACCUUCAUCAGCUACAUACAAGCAGAACAAGGUUCCUUCUACGCAGGCAUUCACAUACACUCGACCUAAACAGUUCCUGGCAUCUCAAAACACUUCAGCCACUGGUAGCCUUUCUAGCUUCAGCAAUGUACCUCAAGGAACCCAGAAAACGGCGAAGAAGGAAAACCUCUUAGUAUCUCCUCCACCAGCCCAAUCAAAAGCUCCAGGAGGGUUGACAAACCAAAUGGAGCAGCCUUUUCCAACUCCCAGAGAACCUACGUUGCCACCACUUCUGCUCUCUGUGUCUAACAUGAACCAGUUCCAGCCCCAAAAUGUGCCUCUUAUACCUCUGUCUCCUACCAGUCGGAUCCAGAAUCCCGUGGCUUUCCUGAGUGCCGUUCUACCUGCGCUUCCUUCUACACCCCCAACAAAUGCCAUGGGCCUACCUAAAGGUGCACCUACUAUGGGAAGCCAUGGAACGCUGAAGAAAAAUCUCAACCCUUUGCAAUCAUCAACAGAGGAUGCUAUGAAAGAUCACAAAGCCAUGGUUGUGAAAGAUUUAGAGAAACGGCUGCAUUUAUGGAAUGAGGACUCUUUCCAUAGUCAACAGAAAACAGCCUAUGAUGAAAAUCUGGCUCGCGGGCUUCAGGGACCCAGCCCUCAUUCCCCAACCUUCAAGUUUACCGCUGAGGAAGUAUCCCAGGAAUAUAAAAUUUCCAACUUUGAGCAGAGAUUAAUGAAUGAAAUAGAGUUUCGGCUUGAACGUACCCCGGUGGAUGAAUCAGAUGAUGAGAUCCAACAUGACGAAAUCCCCACUGGCAAAUGCAUCGCUCCAAUUUUUGACAAGAGGCUCAAGCAUUUCCGUGUCCUGGAAGGAUAUCCAGCUACAUUCACUUGCAAAACUGUUGGAAUCCCCACACCCAAGGUGUACUGGUUUAAGGAUGGCAAACAAAUAUCAAAGAAGAAUGGACAUUUCAAAAUGAUUCGACAAGAGGAUGGAACUUGUUCUUUACAUAUUGAGACUUCUACAAAUGAUGAUGACGGAAACUAUACAUUCAUGGCUGCAAAUCCUCAGGGAAGAAUCAGCUGCUCUGGUCGUUUGAUGGUUCAGACUCCUCCACUGCGGGGUAGAUUAUCAACAACUAUCCAGUCUCACAGGGGAAGAUCCCGUGUAUCAGAAAGAGAUCGGGAACCUCUGCAGGAACGUUUUUUCCGGCCAUAUUUCCUGCAGGCACCCGGGGACAUGGUAGCCCAUGAAGAUCGGCUUUGCAGACUCGAUUGCAAGGUAAGUGGAUUACCACCACCGGAUCUGAUGUGGCUUCGGAAUGGCAAGCCUGUGUUACCAGAUGCCACUCAUAAGAUGCUGGUCAGAGAAAACGGAGUACAUUCUUUACUUAUCGAUCCUCUCAGACAAAGUGAUGCUGGAAUCUACACCUGCAUAGCCACCAACAAAACAGGACAAAAUUCCUUCAGCUUGGAACUGUCUGUUGUAGAAAAGGAAGUUAAAAAACCCCCAGUGAUACUAGAGAGACUACAGAACUGUGGAGUGCCAGAAGGACAUCCUGUCCGAUUAGAAUGUAGGGUAAUUGGGAUGCCACCCCCAAUAUUUUUCUGGAAGAAGGACAAUGAAACCAUACCUCCCCACAGGGAAAGGAUGAGUAUGCACCAAGAUGCUACAGGAUAUGUCUGCCUUUUGAUUCAGCCUGCCAAAAAAGUAGAUGCUGGUUGGUACACUUUGUCUGCCAAAAAUGAAGUCGGCAUUGUCUCUUGCACUGCUAGACUUGACAUAUAUGCCCAAUGGCAUCAACAGAUCUCUCAGCCAAUCAAGUUUCGUUCAAGCAGCACCCGGUAUGCAAAUCUUACAGGACAAGGACUUGACAUUUUCUCUGCUUUCUCCACUGUUGAGAAUCCAGCACGCUUUUCAUCUCCCGCCCAGCCUGUGGUAGAAAGUGAAGAAUUGUGAGGGAAAAGAUUCAAAUUCUCCCUGAAAAUAAAGAAACACUAGAACCGUGAAAGGGAAUGGAAGAGACAUGCUGAAACAUUUAAGGUUUACAGCUAAUAUAACUGAUAAGCAGUAAAGAUGUUGAGACUCAGUGCAGCAUCAUACUAUGGAGUUGUUGUGGUAUAGAAUAUACUGCAACAAAUUUUAUGCUGUGUUACUUUUGUUCCACAGGUUAUGAAGAAAAGCGAUCUAGUUUUCAGUUGUUAAGUAAAAAAAAGCUGUGCCCAUUUUCCUGCUAAGGUUUUAAGGCAGCGAAUAGGCACUUGGUUAAGAUUUGGAUAGCUGUCUGAAAGUUACCAUGAAGGACAUUUACAGUGAUGGUAAUCAUUCUGAUGAUGGAGAAACCAAAUGCAGGGGCAUCUGGAAGGGGAAAGAUGCUUGAAAAAUCAAGAUGGUGGUUUCCAGUCAAGAUGAUGGUUUCCACCAUGCUACCAUGACAUCAUCUUACUUUUUGGAUCCCCUACGUAGACCUCUAAGUCCCUUAUUUUGAAUUCAGCGUUUUAAGGAUGGCUGGUAGUCACAAAACACAGACCCAAUGCCAGGGGGAAAAAACUGUGACUGCUCAGUUUGCUAAGGAUUCAUACAAAUAAAACAAUUAGUCAACCCAAAACUAGAUAUGUAUAGCAUUUCAAAUACAAACUGCUUCUAAAUAAUAGAAUUUUUAAAAAGUGUGACUCUAUAUUCAUGAAUCUUGCACCCAAAGAGGGCUCUUAAUAUUAGUGUUAAGGUGCCCUGUUGUUAGGCUGCAGGCAUAUGCUUACCUUAAAGUAAGUCCACUCAACUAUAAAAGACUUACUUCUGAGGGAUAUGUAUAGGAUCAUACUGCAACUAGCUAUAAACCAGCUUAUGUACCACAAAACUCAUAUUAUAGCCAUCCCACAGCUCCCAAUGGUAUAUACAUUUUAAAGCAUGCUUUUUUUUUCUUCUUCCAUAUUUAGAAAUCAAUAUUUGAACAAAAACAAAAAUGCCUUGCAUGUUGUUUUUGUUUCUUUGGUCUUCAGAUAGGAUUUUGUUUCCUAUCUUCAGAAUCCUACAUAACUUGCUUACACACAUACAUGUACCUAUUGUCAAAAAUGGGUUAGGAUAUUAAGACCUUCCCUUUAAAUUAUACCCUUCUUGCAGACAUGGUUGGGUCUGGAUUAUUGCAUUUCCCCUUUUUUUCCUAUUUGGCAAUAAUCCUGCUUCCUUUACAAUAGCCUCACUUCUAUUUUUCCAGAUGUUGAGCAUCUAGAUAUAGGUGUACAGAGAAUAAAAUUAUUCUGUAGAUGACACUAAUUAAACAAAAAGCAAUUGUCAUCUAAUGCAAACUUAUCAAUGCAACUUCAUUCAUGUUGGAUAUUGAUUGAGCUCCCAUAUGUAAAACAAAUAAUUAAAAGAGGCCAUAAAGCAAAGAGAUUUUGUUAGCAUAUGCUUUUAUUCAAUAUAUUCUAAACGAAGACCCAUUAAAGUUUGAAGUACAUAUUAGCAUAUAGCUUAAGAUAUCCGAUGCUAAUUUCACUGUGAAAGAAUAAAAUUAUCUCCAUCGGAUUUGCCAAAGACCAUUGUAAUACUGGGUAUUAUUAGCAGUGAAUAAGCAGUUAUUGGCUAUAUAAUUUACACAAAGUCUCCGUCCUUUAAAAACUAUAACCAAAUUGAAAUCCAGGAUUAAAAUAUUUUGAACUGUGCACUAGUAGUAGGAAUUCACUGGCAAUAAUUAUGGCAUUUUAUAAUCCAACCUCCCCACAAUAGCCAAACCUAUUUUCUUUUUGGGAGUGUUGAGUCAGACAGAAAAGGAGAUUUUCUAAAAAGCUACAGUCACCACACAUUUAGAAAGGGGAAGCCUGCUUUAAAUAGUUUUUCCCCACUAGUGUUUUCCAUGCAUUUGGGGCUACAGCAUGCUGAAACUUAUCAUCCCCACAUAGCUGGAGAAUUCAGGAUUGGAGAAAGAGGUACAGUAUAUGCCUUAAAAAUAAGAGGUACAGUAUGUGCCUUAAAAAUAAAUUUCAAUGAAGAUAGAAUAUUUCAUCAAAAUAUUUCUAGUAGUCAUCAACAAAUGAUCACACUUGGGAUCAGAACAUCCAUUGCUAAGUGAUGCUGUCAUUAAAUGAGUCACCCCUGAUUUUAUGACCUUUUUGCUGCGGUUGUUAAGUGAAUCAUCACGAUCAUUAAGCAAAUACAGCUUCCCCCAUUGACUUUGCUUGUUGGAAGUAGCCAGUUCCCAAGUGCCUGAAUUUUUAUUGCAUGUCCACAGGAACACUGUGAAGGUCGUAAGUGCACGGGCUGUCAUAGGACAUUUUUUUUCAGUGCCUUCAUAAUUUUGAAUGGUCCUAGGUCGAGGACUACCUGUAUGAGAUUUCCGAUAACUGUUGACCCUGGGAAUAAUGUUUCUGUGACUUCUGUCAUUUCUUCUUAGUUAUCAGAGGUGGGUGCCAAAUUUUUGAAAGAAAAAUCUUCAUCAGAAUCCAGUCCAAGCUGCGAAUAAACAAAAUGGAGACUGCUUUA